AUGCACCCUCUUCGCGCCCUGCUAUUUUCUACCCUGGCAUUCGCACUCAAUGUCAACCGCACCCAAGCUUCCUCUCUCAUCCACCCCACUGCCAAAACCCUCAAUGGGACUUACUACGGCAUUCACCAACCAAAAUGGCACCAGGACUAUUUCAUGGGGAUACCCUACGCCCAACCACCCGUGAGAGACAACCGUUUCCGGCCAGCCCAGUCACUCAACACCUCAUGGACAGGCGAGAAAAAUGCCACCGAGCCAGGCUACAUGUGUUACGGGUACGGUCCAACACAGACAGUCCUCGGAGAAUACGUAUCAGAGGACUGUCUGACCCUAAACAUAUACCGGGCAUCCAACGUAUCCGCUUCAAAGGGUCUGCUCCCCGUGGCUGUGUACAUCCACGGCGGUCUCUUCAAGCAUGGCUCUGGCCGCGACCCUCGAUACAACAUGACAUCUCUUCUUCAGGUAGCCGUCCAGAACGAUCAAGAGUUUAUCGGGGUUACGUUGAAUUACCGUCUAAGCUAUUGGGGUUUCAUGUACGGAAAGGAAAUCGCUAACGAAGGGGCCGCGAACCUCGGGUUACGGGAUCAGCGUCUUGCCUUGCGUUGGGUCAAAGAGAACAUUGAGGCGUUUGGUGGUGAUCCGGAGAAGAUCACUAUAUGGGGCCAGGAGGCCGGGGCGUAUAGCGUUGGUUUGCAGCUUCUUGCGUAUGGGGGGCGUGAUGAUGGGCUUUUCCGUGCGGCGAUCAUGCAGAGUGGGAGCCCUAUGUUGAUGUGGCCGGCUGUUACGGUGGAUGAGUGGCAGGGGCUCUAUGAUGAGUUUGUGAGUGUGACGAAUUGUACGGGGGUUUCUGAUACGCUUGCUUGUUUGAGAGGUGUUGAUGCUGGUGUUCUUUCCGAUGUGUUUGGUAGUGAUGUCACUAUGCUUGAUCAUCCGAACCCUGUGAUCGACGGUGAUUUUAUCCAAGAGUUGGGGGCGAAGGAGCUGAAUGCGGGACAUUUUGUCAAGGUGCCGCUGCUGCUUGGGACGACUCGGGAUGAGGGGACAUGGAGUUAUUAUGGUGUGGAGGGAAUUAAUACCACUGAGGAAUUCUUGAAAAUGGUGGAAUACGACGGAUUGAACACCUCGGCCGCGGAAAGAAUCACAGAUCUAUACCCUGACGAUCCCGCUGUUGGCAUUCCAUCGACGCUGGAGGGAAGACCCGGGAAUGACACCGGACUGGGAUACCAGUGGAAGCGCUCUAGCGCGUAUAACGGGGACAAGGUCAUGCAUGCUGGACGGCGGAUGGCAAGUGAGGCAUGGGCUAGGCAUGGUGUUGACGUCUAUGCAUACGUGUACGAUGUCCUGUUCCACGCCAAAUGGUGGGAAUAUGGGGCACAGGAGCAGGAUGACAUCGCGUUUGUCUUUCAUAACGUCACACUGUCCGAGUCGCUCAGUCCGACCGAUCAGGCAGAUCAGAAAAAGACUUUCGAGCCGCUGAGCUAUCUGAUGAGUAGUAUGUGGAUUAGCUUUGUUAGUACGAUGAGUCCAAACAAUAUUCCGAUUAAUGGCACUAAUAUAUGGCCGAGGUAUAAUGUCCAAAACCCCGAGGCAUUAGUGUUCGAUGUCAACGCCACCCAGCUAUGUCGCAUCGAGACGGACAACUACCGCAGUGGUGCCAUUGCGUAUUGGAUGGACCUGUUUACCACAGAUGGGUAUCCGAAAUGA